AUGUCGCAAAGUCAUGCUCUCUCAGAUGAUCAGGUUGCGGGCGAGCUCCGUAAGAUGACUACGUUCAUCCGACAGGAAGCUUUGGAGAAGGCCCGAGAGAUUCAGUUGAAGGCCGACGAAGAAUUCGCCAUCGAGAAGUCUAAGCUGGUGCGCCAGGAGACCGCCGCCAUUGACUCGCUGUACGAGAAGAAGUUCAAGCAAGCCGCCAUGUCACAGCAGAUCACUCGAUCUACCCUCGCCAACCGGACCCGUCUCCGCGUGCUUGGCGGUCGCCAGGAGCUGUUGGAUGAGCUUUUUGAGAAGGCUCGGGCCAAGGUGGCCACUGUGGCUGACAACGACAAGAAGAAGUACCAGACUACGUUACAGGGACUGAUCCUUGAGGGCUUAUACUACCUGAAUGAGGAUAAGGUGUCUAUUCGCACACGGAAGAAGGACUUUGGUAUCGCAAAGAAGGCUGUGGAGGCCGCCACCAAGGAGUUCAAGGAUAAUGUAGGCUCGGAGGUGGCCGUGUCUGUGGACGAGUCGGAGCCGCUAGCUGAGGGAUCAGCUGGUGGUGUCGUUAUUGUUGGUGGACAGGGCAAAAUCGAAAUUAACAACACCUUCGAAGAACGUCUGCGGCUGUUGGAGAUUGAUGCUCUCCCAGUUGUGCGCGAAACACUGUUUGGAAAGAACACAAACCGACGAUUCUAUGACUAA